AUGGCGCCUUUCCUUACGAAUGAUAACGGCGCGCCUGGAGCGGACCGUCAAAGCAAAGCAAAAAAGGCCACCGGAAUAGAGGGAAUGGGGAUCACUGCCGAGCGCAGCCACUCACCUAAAGGACUUGAGCAUGGAGUUGAUACGGAAUUCCUCAUUGCCGGAGCAGGACCUGCUGGGGCAUCCUUGGCUUGCUUUCUCGGCUCUCAUGGGCUGAAGGGCAUCAUGAUCAGCAGUGCCCCAGGGACAGCAAAUACCCCCCGCGCACACAUUACUAAUAUGGCGGCGCUAGGUCAGUGGAGCUGGAAAAGCUGGGAUCGACAGGAGAAGAUCAUACGCAACACAAAACCUCAUGCAUGGCUCAACAAAGCAACCCCAAGAGACCCUAUUUCCACAAUCGACAUUGCUUGCCAUGGCAUGUUCACCCUCCUGAGUGGAAUCGGAGGCGGACCCUGGAAGAAAGCAGCUGAAAUGGUUGCAGAAACACUUAAGGUUCCGAUCCAGGUGCACUCCAUUGGGUUUAGACAGGACUGGGAGGACGUGUACUUUGAAUGGGAAAGCUUGCGAGGCGUGGAAGAAUCAGGAGCGGUGUUGGUGCGGCCAGAUCGCUUCGUUGCAUGGAGGGCACCAGAGGUUCUCCAGGAUACUGGAGCAUGCGCGUCGAAGCUUCUUAUCGUUAUGAGGACUAUCCUAGGAUUCGUUGAUGUAUAG